AUGCGCGUGCUAUCACACUGGCAGUGCGCUAUUACUUUAGCUUUGGCUUCGUACUCCCUCGGUGGUCCUGUCCAAAAGCCCAACCUGGUCCUACCAGCGGGAUCGGAAGAACAUCGUGAUGCGGUUACCAAAAUCUUCGUUGACAGCUAUGAAGCAUAUCGGACGUUUGCGUUCGGGCAUGACGAUCUCUCCCCGCAGAGCAAGUCGUUCAGUGAUGGUCGCAACGGCUGGGGAGCAACAAUCGUGGAUGCACUCCCCACGAUGGUCAUCAUGGGGCUUGAUGAUUUAUUCUCCGAAGGGCUAAACUUCUCUAGCCGCAUAGAUUUUAGCAAGUCCCAGACAAGUGCUACCGUCAGCUUGUUCGAAACCACGAUAAGAUACCUAGGAGGGCUCCUAAGCGCGUAUGAGCUCAGCGGACAGAAAUUCCCUAUUUUGUUGCAAAAAGCGAAGGAAGUCGCUGACAAGAUGGCUUUCGCCUGGGUCGGAGACAAUAAGAUACCCUUUGGUUUUGUUAAUUUCACCACAAACACUCCCACUGUCGCGACAAUCAGCAUUGCUUCGUCUGGGACGCUCGCCCUGGAAUGGUCUACGCUAAGCAAGCACACUGGCAAUGAUACAUAUAGACGUCUUGCCGAGGGUGCGCUGAGACAAAUAGCUAUCCAGCCCGCCCCUCUCCCUGGACUUGCAGCUCAAGGAAUGGACCCAAGAACUGGCCAAUCUAUUGGUGGCUUUGUGUCCUGGGGAGGUGGCUCGGAUAGCUAUUUCGAAUACCUCAUCAAGUACGCUCGGCUCAGUAACACAGACGAUCCCCUCUUCGCCGACACAUGGGCCACAACAAUUGACUCUUCCAUCAAUACUUUGCUAAGAACAUCUACUGUUGGGAACUUCACGUAUCUGGCUGACUUCGAUGAGAACAAGCGGAUUCGACAUGUCGGCUCACACCUUGCAUGUUUUAACGGUGGUAACUGGAUCCUGGGUGGAAAGUUACUCAACAACCAAACGAUCGUAGAUAUUGGGCUGAAGUUGGUCGAUUCAUGCAUCAACACGUAUACCAGCACUGCUACGGGCAUUGGCCCCGAGACUUUUGCAUACAUAUCUGACGACGGGAGCUUCACCGGAAGUUCCAACAGUCCUUCGGCAGCCCAACUGGCCUUCAACGCCCAGCAUGGCUUCUAUAUAACAGGCGCGGACUAUAUCCUUCGGCCCGAAGUUUUGGAGUCAAACUUUUAUGCAUGGAGAGCAACGGGAGAUACCAAGUACCUCGAUAACGCUGUCGCAGCGAUCGAGAGCUUCAACAAGUUCUUACCUGCUACGGUUGGGUUUGCCGGGAUUAAUGAUGUCAAUAAUCCGAACUCGACGAAGAUUGACGACACGCAGAGUUUCUGGUUCGCGGAGGUGUUGAAAUACCUAUACUUGACAUUCGACGACCCCAAGCACAUAAGUCUCGACGAUUUCGUUUUUAAUACCGAGGCUCAGCCGUUUAUCGCCCCACAAGCGAAGGCAACUUACGGUAGUGGCGCCAUCCUAGGUUCAAAGCCGUUCAAAGCACAGGGCGGCGAAUUGCCUGAGAUCAGUCCGAAUCCAGCCCUCCCUACACCCCUCAAGGAGAUCAUCAAUCCAAUGCUCUAG